AUGAAUCAAAACCACAAAACUUUUUUCAUGCUGAUAAUGUCGGUCGCCAUAACUCGACAACGACAACUGCAACAAAACGCCGUCGACAACUACAUUGAUAAUAUCAACAACAUUAAAGUCAACAACAACAACAUCAACGUCAACAACAACAACAACAAACUACAUGGGCCGACAUUCACAUCAGAUUUUCCUAGCGAAGUAAUUUCGCCGAUUGAUCGCCAGACAUCAGUUCAUUGCUCGGCUUUCGCCACUCCGAGCCCGCACAUACAAUGGCUCUGGCUUCGAGAGUCAAAUUAUGAAAAUCAGCGCGACACUGGCGCAAACAACAUCAACAGCAACGACAUCAUCAAUGGACGCAUCAAUGAUGACGACGAUGAUGACAACGACGAUGAUGGCGAUCUUAGUAAUGAUGAUGACGAAGUCAGCGCUCAAAUUUUUAGCGCAAAUAAUGUUGAAUAUGGCCGGGAGGGAGAGUUGAAAAAAAGUUUCCAACUGUUCGAAAGCUGUUUGAACAUUCAAAUACGAAAUCAAGUAAAAUUAAAUUUGCUACAUUUUAAAAGUAAGUCAUGGAAGCCGGUAUUGAAAUCAGACUUCCUGCAACAACACAACAACGGAACAUUGGUGGUACCGAGUUACCGAGCCAACAAUGACGAUCGAAUCCAGGAUAGCGACCUAAACAGACUGCAAGUCUACAGGGUUCGUUGUGUGGCAUCUAACAGGAUUGGGAUCAUCGUGGGUCCCGAAAUAAGGAUUAGAACUGAUUUUGUCCACGUGAUCGCAUGGCGGGAAAAUAAUGGGCGGGAGUUUCGCGUCGGUAAUAUUGAUAAUGAUAAGUUAGAAAACAACGAUAUUUUUCAUGAUCAUCAUCAGCACCAUAACGGCGAUAUUGAUGAUGAUGAAGACAAAAAAGAUAAAAUAAAUUACGAAAAAGAUGAUAACAGUAAUAGAAAGACCAUUAGCAGAAAUUACAAUGAUGGAAGAUAUAGCAUUCUUGAUAAUGGGGAUUUGAAAGGAGCCAGGUUGUACAUUAGAGAGGUCAAAAGGUCAGACAGCUACAGGAAGUUUAUGUGCGUGACCAGAAAUAUCUUGACCGGUGAAGAGAAGCAGAGCGAUUACGCCAACCUCAUCGUCGUCGACUCAGCCAACUCAGCUCCAAAAAUAGCGGAAGCAAGUGGCUCAAAGGUUUGGGUUGUUGAAGGUGCCAGGGCUGAACUUGCGUGUGCCGCCUACGCUCAUCCCCAGGCGCAGUAUCGCUGGUCCAAAAAUGAUGGGACGCUGGGGAGUUCGGUGGGUGCAGGUCAUAAAUACAAAUUACUUGGUGGCAAUCUCAUUGUUGACAAUGUUGAAGCUGCUGAUGACGGUCUAUACAGGUGUCUAGCGGAGAAUUAUAUGGGACACCAAACUAUAUCUGUUCAGCUGAAAGUUUACGCGACCUUGAAAGUUCACACCCAGCCUCACGCACAGUUUGUAGACAGCUCGAAAAAUGCCUCCAUUACGUGUAAAAUAACCGGAUAUCCGGUCAAAUCAAUCACGUGGCUCAAAGAUGGACGCCACAUCGUAAAAAGGAAUAGGAUUAGUGGAAUAAAUAACGAAACUUUAAGAAUUAGUGACGUCACGAGAGAGGAUGUAGGGAUGUACCAGUGUGUAGUGAUGGGCGGCAAGGAAGAAAGGGAGGUGGUGCAGGCUUCCAGUCAACUGACUUUGGGAUCAUCUCCGCCAUACAUUAUCAACCGAUUGACCGACCAAUUUGUUGAGCCUGGAACGAGAAUCUCGAUAUUUUGUACCGCUGUCGGAAGCCCAACUCCAAAAAUAUUUUGGUACGUCGAUGACGAAUCGUUGGCCAAUGGAAACCACGGCGAGAGGAUUGUUGUCGGAAGUUUGACGGGGCUCCACGCAUCUGCCGAGCGACAAACGAGUUUCGUUAACAUAACAAAUGUCAAAGUAGAAGACGGUGGUCGAAUGCGCUGUGUUGCAAGGAACAAAGUCGGCAUCGAUUCGCAGGAGUCGACGUUGAACAUCCGCGGCGUGCCGUACGUCAAACCGAUGAAAAAUGUAACAGCCAUUGCAGGCGGACAGCUGAGAAUCGUCUGCCACGUUAGCGGGUUCCCUCUCAAGCAGAUUUUGUGGAAGAAAGGCGUUGUAUCUCUUCCGACCAAUCACAGACAAGCAGUUUUUGAAAACGGCACCUUAUUGGUUCAGCAGGUGAACCGCAAUGCUGACGAAGGUUGGUAUUGGUGCAAAGCAUCCAACGUUAUGGACCAGGGCAUGGAAAAGAGGGUGUACGUCAGAGUUAUUGAACCUCCGUCAGUCGAUUCGUUCACAUUUCCGCGAAGAAAGCUGGGAGAUCGAAUUUCAGUGUCGUGUGUGAUGGGCAGCGGUGACCUCCCGAUGACCUUGGAGUGGCGCAAGGACGGUGACGUCAUCGAUCAAAACCUCGAAGUGAAAGUUCAGCAAUCAGGUCCAUAUUCCAGUUUUCUCUCCAUCGAAUACGUCACACCGAGGCACAACGGAAACUACACAUGCAUCAUCAGCAACGAAGGUGCAUCUAAUAACUACACGUCGUAUCUACAUAUCGACGUUCCUCCAUCUUGGCUGACUGAGCCACAGGACCUGCGGGUCGUCCUCAACCAGCCCGCCAUCAUCGACUGCCAGGUAUAUGGCGACCCACAACCUAGAGUUCUCUGGAAGAAAGCCACGGCCGGAUUGACAAGCUCCUACCAGGAUUUAGACUACGACGUCAAUGGGGGUCAGAAUAUCCGGAUACUCGAGAAUGGGAGUCUAUCCAUACAAUCCGUUUCCACUGGGAAUGCCGGCUACUAUUUAUGCCACGCAAGCAACGAUGUUGGAGCUGAUCUGAGUAAAGUCGUUCAACUUGAAGUUUUGGAGCCAGCUUCGUUCAGCGUUCACGAAGCAAACGUCAGCGUCGUCAAAGGACAGCGGUCCUCUUUGGAAUGUGUGGCCAGAGGCGAUCGGCCAAUCAGCGUAACCUGGACCUUCAACUACAACGGUAAUGAUUGGACGAGUGACCCAAGGUACCAAAUGACUGAAUUUGUAACUAAACAAGGUCAAGGGUCAAGAUUAACCAUCGAUCACGUGCUCAGAAAUGAUUCAGGCUUUUACGGUUGCAUGGCUAAAAAUAGAUACGGAAGUGACGUCACUAGCAUUCAUCUGUUGAUAAUGGAAAUUCCGGAUCCGCCAACCGACCUUGUCUUGAUAUUUAUCGGUCCGGAUUGGGUUGAUUUAAAGUGGAGCCAACCUUUUGAUGGGAAUUCCCAACUUUUGGAGUAUAUUCUAGAACUGAAGAAGGAAACAGAUUCGUGGGAUGAAGUUUACCAAACUGUAAACGCCAAUCCAAACCAGCAAAUCGCCAAACUGACCGAGCUUCGACCCGCCACAGCUUACGAGGCCAGGGUCAAGGCUAUAAAUAAAAUUGGAGUGGGAAAACCCAGCGAUCCAGUUUCGUUUACCACUGAUGAAAAAGAGCCCUCCGCUGCCCCCACCAACGUCACACUUCAAUCUCUGACGUCACAAUCUUUGUUGGUCACGUGGACUGAAAUCGAUCCAUCCCAUCACAACGGCCAACUUCUAGGCUAUCAAAUUGCAUACAAAAAAACAAAUGACGUCACUGGCCAAUACAAUUACGUCAUGGCAUACCAGCCGCAGUACGCUUUGAAAAAUUUGAGCAAGUACACAACCUACUCCGCCCACGUGACUGCUUACAACAAAAAAGGAAGAGGCCCUACUUCCGGUGACGUCAUAGCGGUUACCUUGGAGGAUGUACCCGACAAACCACCUCAAAAAGUUUCAGUGACGAGCCCAAAUUCUGAAUCCCUAUUGGUCAGCUGGUCCAACCCACCAUCCAAUCACAUCAACGGGAUUUUAAUUGGCUAUAAAGUGAUGUAUAGGAUUAUCGGUGGUGAUGAAGAUGAUGAAGAAAACGGUGAUGAUAGUGAUAAAACUGGAAGGAUAAAUGUAGCCACAACUUUAUUUUCUAGCAGUGAUGACAUCGGCGAUGAUGAUGAUCAUUUGAAGAUAAACGGAUUGAAAAAGUUUGGGAAGUAUUUGGUGAAGGUGAAGGCCGUGACGAAGGCUGGUGACGGAGUGGCAAGCAGGCCUGUCAGGGUUCGAACAAUGGAGGAUGCUCCGGACAAGCCACUGCUUAUAAGAACCUACCAACUCAACAAAACUUCCCUCCUGAUUUCCUGGGCCCCACCUAAAAAUCCAAACGGCGUCCUAAUUAGCUACACCCUUCAGAUCAAAAACAGCAACAACAACAACAAUAACAACAUUCAAGAUAACUCAAACAUCACCACGAUAAUUGUUCAUAGCAGUAAUAACACUUACACGUUUGCGGGUUAUUCUGCCGGAAGUCAGCAGUUUGUAAGAGUGGGAGCGUCUACGAAGGCGGGAAGUGGGGAAUGGACGGAUUGGAUUCUGAUGCAAUUAAACGGAAGUGAGAAUGAGAAGGAUGAUAAGGAUCAACUUAUUGGGGCAAAAAUCGUGACCUUUGGCCAAGAAGUGACCAGCCAUUGGUAUAAAAAGGUCUCAUUUGAAUGUCUGGUCAUAGGCCAGCCACAGCCAACUGUCCAGUGGUUCAAAGGUGACACCAAGAUUGAUGUUUCUAUCAGCAACAAAUAUUAUCUGAUGCCAAAUAAUACCCUCAUUAUUUUCGAUCUGACUGGUUCAGACGCGGGCAGUUACAAGUGCCAAGCAAAAAAUAGUCACCAAUCAGACGAAAUCGUUCACGUUUUGAAUUUGAGAGAACCGCUGAAUCCUCCAACACUGUCAUUGGUCGAAUCAACAGCCAAUAAAAUUCAAAUAAAUUGGCAAACAUCAAAUAUAGUCAAUAAAAUUAAAAAAUUUAGACUACAUUACAAAAUACAAGACGACUCUGAAUGGAGAACGGUCGACCUUGAAGCCGAUAAAAGGUCACAUAUCAUUGGCCAAUUGGAAUGUGGGACAAAUUAUACAUUGUAUUUAGAAGCACUGUUCAGGCUUAAGAAAGUAAGGACGGAGUUAUUCACAGUAACUACAAAAGGCACAGAACCGAUGCCACCCCAUCAUCUCAGUUCGGUGGUCCAGCAUUACAACAGCACGCAUGUGACCUUGAACUUGACCUCUUGGGGACCUCCUGAAUGCCCCGUCAGCUCGUUCGAUGUUUACUAUCAAGUGCCGGAACAGGGUGGGUGGGCUAUGUUCGACGUGCAAAUCUUCGAUCACAAGCAUCCUCAAGUAUUGGUUAUUCCACUGAAGGAUUACAACGUACACAUCAAGGCCCACAACAACAUCGGCUCAACGGAUUCUUACGUUUCCCUGACAACAAAAGAUGGUUCCAACCAGAACCUCAUCAGAAGGCUGGGAUCAACCACAUCCUCCUCAUCAGCUUCCUUCUUUUCGGGUACGAUAAUGAAAAAGUUGCACAUCAUCAUUCCAUCCGUUGUUGGAUUCCUCGUGGCUGUUGUCGUGUCGGUUGUGGCUGUCGCUCUUUUCUGCAAGAGGAGGAGUAAGUUGAAAGGCACGAAAGUGAGUAGAUGCGAUCCAUACACUGGCGACAUCAUAGUGCUGAACGAGGAAGAUGGAGAAAUCGUCGUCAUGAAACAAGCUUCCAACAGCCGAACAAACAGCAGCCACAGCGUCAACAACAGUGCUACCGGCAGUAGCAGCAGCAACAGGUACCAAGCAAACGGAAGUGCCAUUCAAAAAUCAAAAAAAUUAUCCAAAAAAGAACGGAAGCGUCUGCUGAAAGCUGUUGGAUGUGACGUCAUAAUUACAGGAGAGGAAUCUCACUUAAGGCAGAAACGCCGUCAGAAGACGAAGGAUGGCAAGAUGCACACCUCCAUAUCGCAGCAGGAGUGGUACGUCAGCUUCCCGCGCGACGGACUGCCGGAUGGGAGCGAGUUUGUAGUUUCGAAACGUUCGUCGGAAGAUGUCACUCACGUUUUGGAUCUGAAGUCCCAUAAUCGUGGAGAAAACGUCGAUGAUGUGAUAAGUGGUGACGGAGAAAUUUGCAUGAACGAAGGAAUCUACGGUCAACGAAGCCCAAACUGUGAUGGCCUGAAUGAUGUUGAAGAUCAUCAUAUUCAUCAACAAAACCAGCAUCAUAAUCAUCAACCUCAUCAUCGUCGUCAUCCUCACCGUCACUCCCGAUCCGUAGCAUCACUAUCUCCCACUCCCACUUGCAUCCAUCAGUGCUACACGGGAUCCUCGCCUGGAAUUGCAGUCCGCCAGCCUACGAACCAGCCGACAAUGCAGUCUGCUGUCUGUACUGAAACUUUGAACCGUUGUCGAUGUGAAGCCACUGAUGACCAACAAUCCAGCAACUACUACCACGUCAUCAUGCCAAACAACGCUGAUGAACCGACGCCAACGACGACAAUCCAGCGGCUACAACAAGCGCGCUCGCCACAAAUUAUUCCUGCUUAUUCAACAUUUCAACCUCAGCAAACAACUGCUCCGACUCAACGACAGCAAAUUCUACCAACAUCUUCUGGUGGUUCAGACCAAACCUCAUCUCAGACUUUAUUGUAUCCGUAUUCUACAUUGCAGAUACAUCAAAUACAGCCACAACUGCUGCUACAAAAACAGCAGCAACCGCAGCAACUACUGCAACUACCACAUUUACAACAACCACAUCUACAGCAACCACAACAACUCCACACAUGUACGUGUGGCGACGACGAUGUCGACGAACAAUCAGCAAAUAUUUCAGAGCAUUCCUCGGAACGAACAUUCAACUCGGAAGACGCUAAUCUUUUUCCUCCCCCUCCUCCAUCACACAUCUUAAAUCAGCAGCAGCAGCAGCAACAACAACAACAAAACCAACGACCUCAACAUCUGAAUCAACAAAACCAGCCACAAAAAAUUUAUUCAUAUUUUCCGAAUCAAACACAACUCGAACUUACUAUUAACCAACGACAACAACAAUCACUUGAACAACAACAACAACAACUGCCAUUUAACUCAAUCUAUCAACAUAUAUCUUCGUCACAGCAACAACAAACACAACAAAAUCAACAAGAGUAUCAGCCACAACAACCACAACAAAAUCUACCUAAUAGAACGACGCCGUCUAUUUCAUCGUAUCACUACAGCAUGGUUUGAUGGCGACCCGUAGCAAUAUCAUAAAUAGUUAUAAUAUUAUUUUAAUUAAUAUUAAAGAUAAUUAGUGUGAUAUUAUGAUAAUUAGUAUUAAUUAAUUAAUUAAUUAAUAAGUUAAUUAAUUAAUAUAAAAUGAUUAAUUUUUCUUAAAUAUUAGCAGAGAUUUUUCGAUUUUAAACACUAUUUAACGUUUAACGAGUUGUUAUUAAUUUAUAACCAUAUUUCCUAUUAAUAAUUAAUCACAACUACAAAAUUAAUUUAUUUAAUUAUUAUUAGGUUAACAAUUAAAAUAAUUAAUUAAUUAAUUUUUAAAUGUGUAAUUAUAAUGUGAUCAUAUGCUCUUGUGUUGUUUUUCUAAUUUUGAUUUACUUUACUUUCAUAAGUAUUUAUGCCAUAUAAUAGCGCUUAUAAUAAUGUAAAAUAUUAAUAUAUGUAUGUGUGUACAUUUGUGUGUGUAUGUGUGAAUGUAUGUAUCUUUAUAAGUGUAAAUGAGUGUGUAUGCACGUAUGUGUGUGUGUGUGUGUGUGUCUGUCUGUCUGUAUGUAUGUAUGUAUGUAUGUAUGUAUGUAUGUAUGUAUGUAUGUAUGUAUGUAUGUAUGUAUGUAUGUAUGUAUGUAUGUAUGUAUGUAUGUAUGUAUGUACGUAUGCAUGCAUGUAUGUUUGUUUGUAUGUCUGUCUGUCUGUAUGUAUUGUACAUAUAUAUGCAAGUCUAAUUUUUUUGUGAUUAUUUUUUUAAUUUAAAGUUGAAUAAAAUCAGUCGAAAAAAGAG